AUGGAGGCACUGAAACUCAAGCACUCAGAGGAGAUGAGUUCAGAGCAGCAGCAGAGGAACCUCCUGCAGAAGAAGAUCCAGGAGCUGGCGGAGGCUCUGAGUGCCUCAGACGAGAACAACUCAGACCUGGAGAAGCAGAGACUGGAGCUGCAGGAGGUUCUGAGAGAAAAGGAGCAGGACCUGCAGGCGGCUCUCAAAGAAAAGGAGGAGGAGCUGCAGGAGGCUCUCAGAGCAAAGGAGAAGGAGCUGCAGGAGGCUCUCAAAGAAAAGGAGGAGGAGCUGCAGGAGGCUCUCAAAGAAAAGGAGGAGGAGCUGCAGGAGGCUCUCAAAGAAAAGGAGGAGGAGCUGCAGGAGGCUCUCAAAGAAAAGGAGAAGGAGCUGCAGGAGGCUCUCAAAGAAAAGGAGGAGGAGCUGCAGGAGGCUCUCAGAGAAAAGGAGGAGGAGCUGCAGGAGGCUCUCAAAGAAAAGGAAGAGGAGCUGCAGGAGGCUCUCAAAGAAAAGGAGGAGGAGCUGCAGGAGGCUCUCAAAGAAAAGGAGGAGGAGCUGCAGGAGGCUCUCAAAGAAAAGGAGGAGGAGCUGCAGGAGGCUCUCAAAGAAAAGGAGGAGGAGCUGCAGGAGGCUCUCAAAGAAAAGGAGGAGGAGCUGCAGGAGGCUCUCAAAGAAAAGGAGAAGGAGCUGCAGGAGGCUCUCAAAGAAAAGGAGGAGGAGCUGCAGGAGGCUCUCAAAGAAAAGGAGGAGGAGCUGCAGGAGGCUCUCAAAGAAAAGGAGGAGGGGCUGCAGGAGGCUCUCAAAGAAAAGGAAGAGGAGCUGCAGGAGGCUCUCAAAGAAAAGGAGAAGGAGCUGCAGGAGGCUCUCAGAGAAAAGGAGGAGGGGCUGCAGGGUGUUCUGAGAGAAAAGGAGCAGGAGCACCAGGAGACCAGCACGAGUCUGAAGAGGAGGAGGAGGAGGUGGUGGUUCUGCUGUGGCUUUCAAGCAUAG